AUGGAAAACAAAAACUUUCUAUGCAUUAUAGAAGAAGAAAUGGAUAGUCUUUGGUUUCACAAACUCAUUUUUUUCUCACAACCAAGUCCAACAGCAUCAGUUCUUUCCUUACCAUCUCCACUAGAUGAAGAAAAACCUAUUACCACUUCAGAAUCUAUUUCUUGCUCAUCAUCCAUUAUUUCUUCACCACCGCCACCAGAUGAAGAAACUUCAACGGAUGAAUCACCUUCUUCAGUGAAACAACUCUCAUCAAAAUCAAUAUUUGUGCCUCUUCAGGAUGGAUCAAACAACAAUGAAGAAGAAACCAAGGAAAGAUUGGGUAGAAUGGAGCUUUUGUUGGGUAACAAAACUCGCUCACACUCAUCCUCACCAUCAACUCAAGACCGUCGCAGAAAAUUAAUUAAACCAGUUAUUUGUGCAAGGAAACUGCAGAAGUCCAUAAGCUGCAGAACAUUUGGGGAACUAGAACUUGAUGAAGUAAAGGGUUUUAUGGAUCUUGGUUUCACAUUCAACAAAGAAUAUCUAAGCCCAAGAAUGAUGAGCGUUGUGCCCGGCUUGCAGAGACUUGGUGUAACGAAUGGCAAAGAAACUGUUGAAGGAGAUUUUAUUGAAGCAGAGGAAGAAAAGAGAGAUAUCAUGAGACCAUAUCUAUCAGAGGCAUGGCUUAUAAAGAGACCCGAUUCACCGCUACUAAACUUAAAAAUUCCCAAACGUUGUUCAUCUUCCAAUAUGAAGAAACAUCUUCGGUUCUGGGCUAAAACUGUGGCCUCAGAAAUCCACCAAGAAUGA